AGAAAAGGUAGUAUUGAAUUUUCACAUAUCAUUGUUCUCACCUGAGGAAUUCUUUUGAGCUAUUUGGCAUCUUUUUGGGAUUUUGAUUCUUGAAAUAUAAUUGAUAGAGUUAAGAAAUGAAGUUUUGGAAUGUUGAGGAGCAUAUAUAAAUAGAUAUAUAUUUACAUGAUAUAUUAAGGAAAGCCCGGUCUGGAAUGUUGAAGAAGAUGAUUUUAAAUGGUAUAAACAAGGAAAGACAGAUCAGUAUUGUUGAGAAGGACCGUUGGUUUACAGUAAGGAUUUGAACUUGAUAGACUUAAAGCUUGCCAACUGUUGAUGGUGCAUGUAGUAGAAUGUUUAUAAUAUCGGUGUUAGGCAUGCGUGCUACAAAAGUUUACUAUUUUUCUGCGCAACGAAACUGGCAGCAAACGUCAGAGAAGAGUUAAAGAACGCCAAACAAAAAAACGAAACCAUAUGGACUUACCUGAAAUGAUGUGAUUUUUGCAGCCAUAUUUUAAAAACGCCUAUUGUUUUGUCACUGAAGUACUUAUCCGCUAUCCGUUUGGUACCUGACGGCAAACACAAAAACCUGAUACCAGUUCCUUGCGGCGAUGUACAAUUGAAGAUUCUAUUUGAGGCAGGUCAAGGAAGGUAUAUUUUUUAUCAAUAGCUUUUCAUUGCACGUAUACGAACUACUACAAAUCAAACGCUUUGACACAUAUCUACGACGCAUGUUGAUUGGAGACCGUGUGGAUUCGCAAUGUAUUUACUUAUCAUAUGUAAGCCCUUAAGCUGCAUAUACAGAUACAAACAGAACAUGAUGUUAAAACUAAAUGCUUUCAAUGGACCAAUAAAUAUCUAUCCUAUCAAAAGUCCUUUAGGUUCUCGCAGUUUAUCAAGUAUCAGAAUCGAUUCAAGGUGUCGCAUAUUAACCAACAUUAAAGGUAAGAAACGAACGAAUUGGAAGGUAAGGUAGUCAACGACUUAGAGGCAGGUAGCGUCUUGUAAAAUUUAACAGAAACAUAGCGAAAGGUACGUAAACUCCUGCUCGAGAGGAAAGUAUUCUAACGUGUGUAUCUCUAUCUAUUUCAGGUUCACCUUCACCGGCCUCAUAGUCGUAUCCUUUCCGGGAGACUUCCUCGUGCCUUUAGAGAGUGCCUUUAGAGAGUGUGAAUGAGUGCGAAGCAUGCGAAUGUGUGUUAUGGUGUUUUCUUCUUCAACAUUGUGCAAUGGACGCCCAUCAAGUACCUCGGCUACUCGUACCCGCUGUGGGCCCACGCGUUCGGCUGGUUCACCGCCCUGUCGUCGAUGCUGUGCAUUCCCGGCUACAUGAUUUGGCUGUGGAGAAACACACCCGGAGACCGUGCCAAUAAAAUCCGGCUGAUCGUUCGAAUCGAGGACAGCGUCAGCCAGCUCCGGGAGAGAAUGCGUGCCGACGCCGAGAAGGGCAUGGAGCUGUAACUGUCGGUGGCGCAAGCGACCCACCCACAUCAACACUACCUGCCAUCAGGAUGGAAGCGAACCAGGAGAUCAUAAUGUCAGUUUUAUAAAUCUUUAUUGCAAGACAAUUGCGUAAAAUAAUUAAAUUUAGCUAGAUAUUAACGUUCAAGCCGAAACGAAAGGAAACAUAUUUGCGACACCAACGCCACGGAAGCUGCAACGAGAUCUCGUCUCGGCUCGACACCGUUGUCAGCACGCUCCGGUGUCGGUUAAUUAUUUGAUUAAAAGAUUUUCAACUCAAAGAGUGCGCUAGUUCCGCACCGAACCGCGUCGGCAAUGAUAGCUUCGCGCGUCCUGCAUUGUCUGCCGACGUCGAGCGGAACUCGGUGCGGAAUGUAACGCAACUCCUAAAUAAACUGUAUCGAAUAGAUUUAUA